AUGUUUCGCUGCAACAACGAACAACCGACAUGCUCUAACUGCAAAACAUAUGCGCAAGACUGCACAUACGUAUCAGGGCCUGAUAAACCGAGGCCGACAAAUGCCCGGCUCUCGCGACUGGAAGCGGAGAAUGAACGACUUCGACAGCACUUGGGGCGUGAUCCUGCAGGUCCCGAAAGCCACAGUUCAAGUUUAGAUAGCGCGUCUGUACAGAGCCCGCCUGUGCAGAGUCCACCACAGCAGCAGAAAGCCCCAGCUCGGCAUCAGCCAAACACAGACGGAUCUCAGUCGGCUGUGUCACGGAUAUUCAUAUCGCCCAAUGGUGACUCAAGCUACCAUGGGCUUACAAGCACAUUGUUUGAUGAUGCGCCGACAGAUCGUCAUGGCCAUCCUCGCUCAGCAGAUCCACAGGUACCGGUAGAGCAUAUACGCAAGCAGCUGAUGGGAGAAUCUGCCUAUCAAAGGCAAUUGGAAGGGCUGAAUAUGCGACACGGGAAAUUGGAUUUUGAUGGGGUCAACCCAGAGCUUGGAAUGCACCUACUUGACCUUCAUUGGAAUCGUCAGCAUCAUUCUUUCUUGAUCACCUACCGGCCCGCCUUUAUGCGGGACAUGGCCACGGGAGGUCCAUACUUCUCUAAACUAUUACUCAACGCGAUCUACUUUGGCGCAUCGAAAUUCAGCAAUCGCCCAGAGGUUCGCCGAGAUCCAGAUGACGCCCGUACUGCAGGAUGGACUUUCCGCCAAAGAGUUAAGGAACUGCUAGGAGGUGCGUUGGAUCGAAGCGAGAUUACAACUAUCCAGGCCUUGUUGGUAAUGACCAGCUCUCUAUUUGCGUUAGGAGAUGAGCGCAGUGCCGCAUGGCUUUAUGCGGGCACAGCAUUCAGGAUGAUAAUCGACCUCGGCAUGCAUGUAGAUGCCACUUUGCUCAGCAACAUGCGACGGGUAUCAGACGAAGAUAUUGAAAUCCGGCGGCGAGUCUUCUGGGGUGCUUUUGUUGUCGAUAAGAUCCAGUCACUGUACCAAGGGCGCCCGGUCAGUCUGCAAGACUUCGAUACCAAUGUCUCAUUGACAUUCCUUGAUCAUUAUGAAGAGCUAGAGGACUGGCAACCCUUCGCAUAUACAGACGUGCAGUCAUAUCCAGGGUCGCCUGCCUACAGUGUCUCAACCUUCACCGAGCUCUGUAAGUUGUCAUUGAUUUUGAAUGGCAUCUUGAACAAAGUUUAUUCCGAGAGAAGCUCAAACCGGUCUCCAGAAGAGUUGCUCACAACUUUGAAAACACUGGAUGGCAAAUUGGAUGAAUGGUACAAGGCCUUGCCUGAUUCUUUGCGCUUUGGGAACAAUGCUACAGAGAUCACUCCACCGCCACACGUGCUUUCUCUGUUGGCACUCUACAAUGUGUUGCUUAUUCUUCUCCACCGGCCUUUUGUGGCCGAGGGUCAUUUGCACACAACGGAUCUGUCAAUCGCCAUUAGCUCCUUUACAACGUGCACCGCAGCCGCAGCACGUAUCGUCAAGGUUCUACAGGCAUAUGAUCACGCAUUCUCUAUAAGACGUGCCCCUUACCUGAUCUCAUAUGCGACAUACGUUGCAGCGACCAUUUAUGUUCGAGUUGCUGCUCAGCAAAAGGAAGGAAGCAGAGCACAUUCGUGUCUCUCGACAUGUCUCGAUAUCUUCCAAAAGAAUCAAGAGACUAAUUGGGCAGUUCGUCGUGCCAAAAAUGUAAUUUUGCAUCUGAUGGAUCGGAUGCAAGUUGAUGUCGGCAGUCGAGAUCGUUCCCAUGUCGAUCCCCAAGCGUAUCAUGAGAAACAGGGGCCUUUGGAAGAUCCCCAAAGCCAUAUUCACCUUGAUCAUGAUACUCUUGAAUCAGAUGAACUGCAUGCUCAGUGGACACCCCCGGAAACUGAGGCCUCUGAAUUGGAUAUGGACAUGAUAAUCCAAAGCUUUAUCCGACAGAACACAAGGCAAAAUGAAGGUCAAGUUUUCGUUGAGCCGCUCUAUACCGCUCCGGAUACUCAUGACUAUCAUCCGGCACCGGGAGAUAUUGCGUCAAUGAUGCUCCCCAGUCAUCAACACUCUUAUUCUGACGCGCAAAUUGAUGAUGACAUGUUGUUUGGAUUUAAUGGAUCAAUUCAAGAUAGUUUUUUGUAUGAUUAA